AAUUGUUGUCAUGCUCAGUGCUUCAGUGCAUUCGUUUGGUGUAGUCAUCAAGUCUCAGAUUCUGCCAUUGGCGUUGGGCCAUAAGCGCCAACUCAUCGCCUUCUUGACCGCGCGUGCUCCCGUUGCCGGCGAGUCAUCAACUAUGGCCACUAACUCAGUCCGAGUCGCAGCUGCUCAGAUGACUUCCAUUAACGAUCUUGCAGCUAAUUUCGCCACCUGCUCUCGACUCGUUAAAGAAGCAGCAUCAGCUGAUGCAAAAUUACUUUGCUUUCCUGAGGCGUUUUCUUAUGUGGGUGCUAAGGAUGGGGACAGUGUUAAAAUUGCAGAAUGUUUGGACGGACCAAUUAUGCAAAAAUACUGCCGUUUGGCAAGAGAGUCCAGCAUCUGGUUAUCACUUGGAGGCUUCCAAGAAAGAGGAUCUGAUGAUGAUCACUUGUGUAACACCCAUGUUUUAGUCGAUGACACUGGGAAAAUUAGAAGCUCUUAUAGAAAGAUACACCUGUUUGAUGUUGAUGUUCCUGGUGGAAGGGUAUAUAAAGAAAGUAAAUUUACAGAGGCAGGAAAGGAUAUUGUUGCAGUAGACAGUCCCAUUGGUCGUUUGGGUCUCACUGUUUGCUAUGAUUUGAGAUUCCCCGAGCUUUAUCAGUUAUUGCGUUUCCAGCAUGAAGCACAGGUGCUAUUGGUGCCUUCAGCUUUCACUAAAGAAACUGGUCAAGCACAUUGGGAGAUUCUUCUUCGUGCUCGUGCAAUUGAAACUCAAUGCUAUGUCAUAGCUGCUGCACAAGCUGGGAAACAUAAUGAUAAAAGAGAAAGUUAUGGUGAUACAUUAAUUAUUGACCCAUGGGGAGCCAUUGUUGGUCGAUUACCUGAUCGCUUGUCUACAGGGAUUGCUAUAGCUGAUAUUGAUUUAUCAUUAGUUGAUUCUGUCAGGGAAAAGAUGCCCCUUGCUAAGCAAAGGAAGCCAUUGGACUUUUGGAAAACUUCAUCUUUAUAGUUUGAGGGCCAUGUCCUCUUGCGUUUCUCUGGGCUAUCUGAAUUCUGUGGGUAAAACAGCAUGCAAGUUUCUUUGUGCACCAGCUGUAAUUUUUCCAGACAACAGAAUUGAAAUGGAGCAAAAUCUCUUUUAGUCCUCACAAAAUAACUCUUGUAUCAAUUGACUUUCCUGGAGCUGUUAAAAGAAAUCAAUUGAUUUUCUUGGAGAUCCUUUUCCAUUAGUUUUCAUUUUUCAAUCGCAUAAAAUAUUUGCUCUACUUUUACUCUUUUUUUUUUUUUACCUGGAAAAUAUUUGCUAUACUUCAAAAAGGGUGAAUUUGAAAUAAAAUUAAACAUUUCAAUAGUAAACUGAUAUAAUUUUGU